AUGAGCCGCCUCUUGGGCUCAUGCCGGAAAGCCCUCAAACAGCUGGUGGAGGGGGAGAUCCCCCACGUCCAGCCGCUUCUGCAGAACUGCUUCCUGCAGUUCCUGCAGAUCCAGGACAGCGCUGCAUUUCGGAGGGCGAAGCUCAUUCAACGAGUGAUGAGGAUGCGCGCCAGUACCGAGAAGCAGCAAAUUCUCCAUGUCUUGUCGGAUUGGAGCCAACGCGCGCUCCUGACGAGACAGAGGAAGUCAUUUCUUUCGAACGAGUUUGAUCUCGUGAAAGAAGAAGUGCAGCAGUCGUGGCCAAAGGCGGCUGUGGGACGGAUCUGGAACCGUCUGGUUCCAAACAUCCUUCGCUAUGUGAGCCAGCUCAAGGAGCUUACAGCGAAAGUCGAGAAGGACGAUGCAAGCGAUGCGUCAACAAGUGCAGAGAGCAGGGGCGAAGAGUCCACAAAGGCUGGUGAUGCGUUGCCGGUGCCCGUGACGCCUGUGCCUGUGGCACCUGUGGAUAGCCGUCGUCGCUGGGUGGACGUCUCCACCGACAGCGAGGGUGUCGUGGCAGUCGACGCGGCGGUCGACGCGCGGCGGUCGACGGCGGUCGGAGUGGUUUUUCCGUCGACGGCGUGUCCCUCCCACACGCCGUGUCCUUUUUUUGGCCCAACCGGGAGAAGAAACGCAGAAGGAAGUGCGGCCUCCGUCUCGACGAGACGAGAUCGGAGACGAGCGGAGAUCGGUCGGAGUCCGCUAAGAUGA